UGAUAACAUGGGUCAAUAGAGCGAUAAUAAAUAAACAUUCCGUAGCAUUAAAAUUAUAAUAAACCGAAAAUGGAGGACAUGGCGCGUUUAGCCCUAGUGGAGCAAAACAUCAAAGACAUAAAUAAGUUCAGUAAAAUACUCCACGAACUUUUGCGUAAUAUCAACCACAUUUUAGAGAAUCCACACGAUAAAGAACUGAGAACCAUUGAGAGUGAUGCUUUCAAAAAUAUGCAGGACUGUCAGGCUUUCGAUGACUAUCUCAAAUACAUAGGAUUUGAGUCGGUGCCCAAUGGAUUUGCAUUCCCCAAUGAGCAGACACUGAGCAAGCUGAGAAUAGCUCAAGCGGCUUUGGAAAGAAAAAUAAGCUUUUGCUGUGGACCUGCUGUGACUGAUGUGGCAGUUACAAAGAUUGUCAGCUCACAGAAAAAGCUGCCUCAAUUGGUUCCUGCUAAUGUAUUGACAACAAAAAACAGCUUGCUGUUGAAAAUCCAAACCCUGUUCAACAACAUGCUCAAUUACGAAGACGAGGAUCUGCAGCAGACAGCACGCAAACACAUCCCGCUGGUGACGCUGCAACUAAAGGCUUUGGACAGGAUGAGGGAGCAACAGAAGAAAAUCAAAACUGGUGAGCUGAAAAGCGACGACAUGUCGUUCGAUAUAGCACUGCUGCUGGAACUGCUGGGCUGGUUCAAGCACAAGUUCUUCUCGUGGGUGGACCAGCCAGACUGCACUGAUUGUGGUGGCAGCACCAGAUUUAUGAAAAAUUCCACUUUAAAGAGCGACACUGAGACAUGCAGGGUUGAGGUGUAUCAAUGCAUAGAGUGUCAGUCAGUGUACCACUUCCCGCGGUACAACGACGUGCGCACGCUGCUCCGCACGCGCCGCGGCCGCUGCGGCGAGUGGGCCAACUGCUUCACGCUGCUGUGCCGCGCGCUCGGCUACGACACCCGCUACGUGUACGACACCACCGACCACGUGUGGUGCGAGGUGUUCGACUACGACUCGAGGUCCUGGCUGCACGCGGACCCGUGCGAGGGCAAGCUCAACACGCCGCUCAUCUACUCGCACGGCUGGAACAAGCAGCUGUCCUACGUCAUCGCCGUGUCGCGCGACGACCUGCAGGACGUGAGCUGGCGGUACAGCAGCAACCACAAACAGAUGUUGUCCCGUCGCACAGAAGUGUCCGAGUCGGAGCUGGUGUCCGCGCUGCUGACGCUGCGCGAGCACCGCCACGCGCAGCUGUCGGCCGCGCGCCGCAAGUACCUCAGCGUGAGGAACCUGCGCGAGCUGGCCGACCUCAUGGUCGAGAGACAACCGACAGACUACGAAUCCCACGGACGAAUAUCCGGCUCCAAAGAAUGGAGGUUAGAGCGGGGGGAGAUGGGCAAAGCGAAGCACCACACGUUCGAGUUCUCUGCACCGGGCACGACCACGGUGACGUACUGCGCCGCUCCUGACCAGUACCGCGUCAGCUGCAAUGAUGCACAGCAUACGGUGGACGGCUGGCAUGACGGAGUGUGGGAUGUGAACAACGUCUUCCGGAAGGUUGAGAAGGACUGGCGUCAGGUGUACUUGGCUAGAGAAGAGGGCGAGGACACCGGCACGAUAUCUUGGCGGAUGGCGGCCAAAGAGGGCCUUGUGUUCAAGUCGUUCUCGGCGGAAGCCAAGACCGCCGUGUACGAGACGGGCCACAUUGACUGGAGCUUACAGUUCGAUGAUGAGGAUCCUAUACCCGCUCAAAUUAACAACAGACUGGCGACAUACUCGCGGGUGUAUAGAUCGGUGACGCUGACGGCGCGGCUGAGCGGCGGCGCGGGAGCGGUGAGCUGGCAGCACGCGCAGUUGUUCCGUCAGCCACUGAGUGACACCAGCGGCGUGUUCCACCUGCGAGCAGACCUCGUGCCUCACGCCGGUGACCAGUAGACCCUGACAGACAUCUUCAAAAUAGGGGGUACUAAAAGACCUUCCAACCCGGCCAUAACACAGAACGCACCAAAAAUUGGACGGAUUUAAGUCACGUGACUAUUUUUUUCGUACUCCUGACAGCCUUUCAUUUGGCCAUCUUGGGGAGGCCGCCAUGUUGGAUUUGUAAUGACGUUAGUUAGCUAGUCAUGUAUUGUCAUCAGAACUAAGAGCGUGUGCAAAAUUUCAUCCUAACAGACAUCUUCAAAAUAGGGGGUACUAAAGUAUGAGAACCACCCAACCCGGCCAAAAAAUGAAUAGAAAUAUAAUAGUUACGUUUUUUGCACGCACCGAAAAUUGGAAGUCUGCCAUAUUGGAUUUAAGUCACGUGACAUUCUUUGUAUUCCUGACAGCAAACCCUAUCAUUUGAUAUCCAUAUCAUAGGGGUGGAUUUCAGUCCGCCAUGUUGAAUUUGUAAUGACGUUACUUAGCUAGUCAUGUAUUGUCAUCAGAACUAAGAGCGUGUGCAAAAUUUUAUCCUAACAGACAUCCUCAAAAUAGGGUUUACUAAAAUAUGAGAACCAACCAACCCGGCCAUAAAAUGGACAGAAAUAGUUACGUUUUUCGCACGCACCAAAAAUUCGUCUGCCAUAUUGGAUUUAAGUUACGUGACAAAUUUUCGUAUUCCUGACAGCAAACCCUUUCAUUUGAUAUCCAUAUCAUAGGGGUGGAUUUCAGUCCGCCAUGUUGGAUUUGUAAUGACGUUACUUAGCUAGUCACUCAGAGCGUGUGCAAAAUUUCAUCCUAAUCGAAGACCGGGAAGUGGGUCAAAAUUAUAAUUCCAAGAUUUUCUUACAUACAUUGUUACAAGUGAAGCUAAAAAAUAAAAAUAAAUGAGAAACCCAGUCUCCAUACAAACUCGGCCCAAACUAUAUGAAUGAUACAGAAGUGAAAAUUGGUUAUAAAUUAGGACAAUUAAAGAGAACUCAUGAGGCCAAUUUCAAUUUUGAAUAAAAUCUAUAUUUGUCUAAUAAGAAAUUACUUGUUACAGAUGGACAAUAACUCGUAAUUAAAAAUAAAUUCAAUUCAUUAUCUGUGCCUAAAUGACAGGCGACAGUUUUAAUAUGGAUUUGACACUAAAUUGACACAUCACUAAUCAAAAUAAUAUGAUAAUGUUAUUUGACAAUGACAUCUCAUUCAUCGAUUGACUUUGACUUUGACAUUGACAGUUACAAAGACCACAGACAAUUAGUGAAAACUUAACUUUUGUUAUAUAAUUGAUAUCGAUAUAUUUCGACACGAAAUUAAUAUUCUUAUUAAAUUUGAUAUGAGUCAACUACCCUAUUAAAUUAAAGUCAAUAUUAAAUGCCACGUCAAGUCUAGCAUAGUCUACGAAUGUGUAAACAUGCCAAAUUGUGUCGACCAGAAAAAUAAAAAAGCACGUCAUAUUGCGGACGAAAACUAAGCACAAGUAUAGUCCCCGGCAAGUAAGUUGAACCAAAAUGCUGGUACAGUUAUAAACGAAACUGUUAAACGCAUUGCACAGUACAUUAAAGAUAAUUGAAAGUUUUGUACGCGAUUGUAUUGGCGUCAACGCGUUGCUGUUAUUACCCGCCAUCUCAGACCAAUUAUUGUAUAGGACCUGCCUCGCUAGACGUUACUUUUCUUAUCUCUAUAGAAUCGAUGUUAAAUAGUUGUAAUCGUGUUCGUCGGCUAAAGAGCUCUGUAAAAAUACCUUUUUGUGUAAUUGAAUUGUGUAAAAAACGGGCAAAAACUUCUAGUUUAGUAUAAAAUAAAUACCAAAUCGAAGCUCGUUUUCCUCAAAAAAUGACAGACAAUUUUGUUCGUGACUAUGAGUGCGAUACAGGUCCUUCUAUAAUUGGUCUGAGCCCGCCAUACGUUUACAACCCGCAAAAAUGAAUUACUAUACAUAGUUCAAUUUAUAGACCGGGUACUAUACUAUUAUGUCAUGUAAUAAGGACGAGUGAAUUCUAUUCGGCUUCGGUUCAUUGCACAAUAUAUAUAGCGUGAGUGAUACAAUGUCUAAUUACGUGCAGUUUUGACGGCCUCCGUGGCGCAGUGGUAUGCGCGGUGGAUUUACAAAACGGAGGUCCUGGGUUCGACCCCGGCUGGGCAGAUUGAGAUUUUCUUAAUUUGUCCAGGUCUGGCUGGUGGGAGGCUUCGGCCGUGGCUAGUUACCACCCUACCGGCAAAGACGUACCGCCAAGCGAUUUAGCGUUCCGGUACGAUGCCGUGUAGAAACCGAAAGGGGUGUGGAUUUUCAUCCUCCUCCUAACAAGUUAGCCCGCUUCCAUUUUAGACUACAUCAUCACUUACCAUCAGGUGAGAUUGUAGUCAAGGGCUAACUUGUAAAGAAUAAAAAAAAAAAAAAAAAAAGUGGCAUACAAAAUGUUUUUUUGUAGCCAAUGCCAUAGAAAUUUUUAAAAAUAAAAAAAAACAUUGUAGCACGGUUGGUGGUAAUGAACAUUACCAAUCGACCUGUAGGAACGAAUAGCUUUGUGAUAUGGAAGUAGAAAAAAGUAGGUAUUUCUGGCACCCUCAAUCUAGGUGUUUUUUUUAUCUUUCUGGUCAGAUUUACUAUAUUCUCAUUUUAUAUGUCAUGUUAUAAUUUGUUAUGUAUUGUUUAAAAUUACGUCUUUGUUUGCAAUAAAGCUUUUUUAAAAAGUG